AUGUUUUAUCACAACAGGAGCCUUUUUCACCCAGCCACAUUUUUCCUCAUUGGAAUCCCAGGUCUGGAAGAGGUCCAUGCCUGGAUCUCCUUGCCUUUCUGCUCUGUUUACCUGGUGGCUUUAGUGGGCAAUGCCACAAUUCUGCUGGUCAUCAAGACCAAGCAGACCUUCCGGGAGCCUAUGUUCUACUUUCUGGCCAUCCUUUCAACAGUUGAUUUGGCCCUUUCUACAACCUCUGUGCCCCGAAUGCUGGGUAUCUUCUGGUUUGAUGCACACGAGAUUAACUUUGGAGCAUGUGUGGUCCAGAUGUUUUUGAUUCAUGCCUUCACUGGCAUGGAGGCCGAGGUCCUGAUGGUCAUGGCCUUUGACCGUUAUGUGGCAAUCUGUGCUCCACUCCACUACACCACCAUCUUAACAGCCCGGGUGCUGGUGGGCAUGGGUUUAUACAUUGUAAUUCAUCCAGUCCUACUCACACUUCCCAUGAUCUAUCUCAUCUACCGCCUGCCCUUUUGUCAGGCUCGAAUAAUAGCUCAUUCCUACUGUGAGCACAUGGGCAUUGCAAAGUUGUCUUGUGGAAACAUCCGUAUCAAUGCUAUCUAUGGGCUCUUUGUAGUCUCUCUCUUCCUUAUGAACCUGGUUCUAAUUGGCGUUUCCUACAUUUACAUUCUCCGUGCUGUCUUUCGCCUCCCAUCGCAGGAUGCACGGCUAAAAGCACUAAGCACAUGUGGAUCCCAUGUUGCAGUCCUCUGUGUUUUCUAUAUUCCCUCAGUCUUUUCUUUCCUCACGCACCGAUUUGGACACAACAUACCGCAGUAUAUCCACAUUAUUGUUGCCAACCUCUACUUGGUUAUUCCACCCUCACUCAACCCCAUCAUUUAUGGUGUGAGGACCAAACAGAUACGAGAGCAAGUGCUCCAUGUCUUUAUGAAAAAAUAG